CCGAGCCGAGCCGAGCCGAGAUUUGAGGUACAACAAUGUAAUUUAAUAAUUAAUGGGGACCAACGGAGAAAUAAAAAGAAAAGACUGUGGCCUCACUGGGCGGUUGGGGAGCAUUUAGUUUGCUGCUGCUCUGCUCUGUCCCUCUCGCUCUCCCCCUCUCUUCUCAGCUCCGUCUUCGAAGUUGAAGCUAGCUCUGCUUCCCUCACUUCUGAAAUUGAAGAAAUCCUCUUCUUUAAUCUUCUUUGAGUAUUGUUACAGAUUGACACGAUCAUUCAUGGCGAUUAAACACGAUCUUCCGAUUUCAUUAGCUUAGAUUGUGUUGCAGACUUCUUUCUUGAGCUGCCUGCUCGAUCUCAUCAGUUUUUGGAUCUGAAGAUUUCGAAGAUGAUGAUUGAGGCAGAACUGUGUUCAUCUCGUGUUCUGUCUCCUUCUCGAGAAGAAAGUGGAGAUGAAGAGCUCUCUGUUCUUCCGAGGCACACCAAAGUAAUUGUGACUGGAAACAAUAGAACUAAGUCUGUUCUGGUUGGCCUGCAAGGCGUUGUCAAGAAGGCUGUAGGCCUUGGUGGUUGGCACUGGCUGGUCCUUAAAAAUGGUGUGGAAGUGAAGCUGCAAAGAAAUGCGCUUAGUGUAUUGGAAGCUCCAACGGGUAACGAAGAAGAUGAUGAAGAAAUGGAUUGUGACAACUCAUUCUGCAGCAGCUCUGACAUGGGAGAUAAAGAUGGUGAUUAUCCUAGCAUAGAGUUUCACAAGCCAACUAAGCCAAGGGUGAGGCACACAAGGCCUUGGACUUCCUCAGCCAAAUCAACUAAUCGUAGCAGUUACAGAGAUCUGCAGGCCAAUAACCACAAGCCUCACUUGAGGGUAAAUCUGGCAAAGCUGGGGACAGCGACGUUGUGGAGAUACUGGAAACACUUCAAUCUUGUGAGCAUCAAUCCAAAUCCAUCGAAGCAGCAACUUAUCACUGGGGUCCAGCAUCAUUUCCUCUCACAACAAGUGGAUGAGAUGCAGGCUAUUGUGGGCUUCAUCCACACGGCAAAGAGAUUGAAGGCUCCCUACUCUUAAUCAGUUUCCUCCUCUGUUUCAAGCGCAAGUGUUCUAUUGUAGCUCUGCUUAAUUUACUACUAACCACGCACUUUGUAGUAGGAUUAUGGACUUAAUUGUACUAUAUUUUUAUUAAUAACAUUUUAGGAGAGCAUAAGCAAUUUUGAUUUGUGCUCUUUGUA